AUGGAUUAUAUGAAAUUGGGGCUUAAGUCCCGUAAAACUGGUAUUGAUGUUAAGCAAGAUAUACCCAAAGAUGAAUACAGCAUGGAAAAUAUUGAUGAUUUUUUCAAAGAUGAUGAAACUAGUCUUAUCAGUAUGAGAAGGAAAAGCAGAAGAAAAUCAUCGCUUUUCUUACCAUCAACGUUAAAUGGCGAUACUAAGAACGUAUUACCGCCAUUUCUACAGUCAUAUAAAUCUCAAGAUGAUGAAGUUGUCCAAAGCCCAUCUGGGAAAGGCGAUGGAUCAAGACGAUCAUCUUUGUUAAGCCAUCAAUCAAACUUCCUGAGUCCAGCCAAUGAUUUCGAGCCUAUUGAGGAAGAACCAGAACAAGAAGAAAAUGAUAUCAGAGGCAAUGAUUUUGCCACACCAAUCACACAGAAAUUGAGUAAACCUACAUAUAAAAGAAAGUACUCCACUCGGUAUAGCCUUGACACUUCAGAAAGCCCUUCUGUAAGGUUGACACCUGAUAGAAUCACUAAUAAGAAUGUUUAUUCAGAUGUACCUGAUUUGGUUGCUGAUGAGGAUGACGAUGAUAGAGUAAACACUUCUUUAAACACAUCUGAUAACGCAUUAUUAGAAGACGAAUUAGAAGAUGACGGGUUUAUACCUGAAAGUGAAGAGGACGGUGAUUACAUUGAAAGUGACUCAUCUUUGGAUUCAGGCUCGGAUUCAGCCAGUGAUUCAGAUGGAGAUAACACCUAUCAAGAAGUAGAAGAGGAGGCUGAGGUGAACACAAAUGACAAUGAAGAUGAUUAUAUAAGACGACAAGCGAGUGAUGUGGUUCGUACAGAUUCAAUAAUUGAUAGAAACGGGCUUCGGAAAUCUACAAGAGUCAAGGUGGCGCCUUUGCAGUAUUGGAGGAACGAAAAAAUAGUAUAUAAGAGGAAGUCCAAUAAACCCGUUCUUGACAUAGACAAAAUUGUCACAUAUGAUGAAUCUGAAGACGAAGAGGAGAUAUUGGCAGCACAAAGAAGGAAGAAACAAAAAAAAAAACCUACACCAACCAGACCUUACAACUACGUACCUACGGGGAGACCAAGAGGAAGGCCAAAGAAGGAUCCAAAUGCAAAGGAAAAUUUGAUUCCAGAAGAUCCCAACGAGGAUAUUAUAGAAAGGAUAGAAUCUGGAGGCAUAGAAAAUGGCGAGUGGCUGAAACAUGGAAUACUGGAAGCUAAUGUGAAAAUUAGCGACACUAAGGAGGAAACUAAGGAUGAAAUUAUUGCAUUCGCGCCCAAUUUGUCGCAAACUGAACAAGUAAAAGACACGAAGGACGAGAAUUUUGCCCUUGAGAUAAUGUUCGAUAAGCAUAAAGAAUAUUUUGCUAGCGGCAUAUUAAAACUACCAGCUAUUUCUGGACAAAAGAAAUUAAGCAACUCAUUUAGGACAUAUAUUACGUUCCACGUGAUACAGGGAAUAGUCGAAGUAACUGUAUGUAAGAACAAGUUCUUGAGCGUUAAAGGUUCCACUUUCCAAAUACCGGCAUUCAACGAGUACGCGAUUGCCAAUAGAGGGAAUGAUGAAGCCAAAAUGUUCUUCGUUCAAGUGACCGUUUCAGAAGACGCUAACGAUGACAACGACAAAGAAUUAGACAGUACGUUUGACACUUUUGGGUAA